AAGAAAAACGAAUUUAAUUUAUUUAUACGAUCAUCACUUUCAUUAUUCUAUAAAUAAAGUAAUAAAUAGCCGGAGCGAUUUUCACAUUAUCUUAGUUCGUACGAUGAAGAUUAGUAGUGACGAAGGAGUAUGAAAAUUAGUGCAUCGAUUUCAUCCACUGCGGCUAGUGUUGUGAGUUUUCGCGUCAAAUAUGUACAUUUGUUCGUCGACUAUUUUGUAUUUUUCGGCAGCGGUGGUUUUUGUACAAGUGUGCGGUGAAAAUAGCAAUAACGGUACCAAUAAUGCUACGUCAAAUGGUUCCGGAAAUGUUACCUUCGAGGAAUCCAAGUUUGCUAAAUUUUUCAAAAAAACUCCCAGUCAAGUAAUAAAUGAAAAAUGUUCCAGUCAGUAUUCGCUAACGUGUUUAAAAAUCGAUAUCAGUAAAUUAUUAGAUAAAUUAGAAUCGGCCAAAAGCUUUCAAAUAUUUCCCGGCGUAUCGUUGAUCACUUCGGAAAACAGUCGCUCAGUCAACAACAGCGUGGAUUUUCCAACCGAUGCGGCGGUUUCUUGGGUUCGAUAUGGUAACAGUAGCAGCGAGUUAAAUUCGUACUUGAAACAAAAAGUUGGCAAAUACUUAGGAUCUUUAACGGUUCGAGUGAAUUUGCUGGACAAUCCUAUCGUGGAUAAUUUGAAACAGCUUACAUAUAACGCCUUUGGAUAUGUAUUUCAUCCAGUCGAAGAAACAGGAAGGAGUAAAAAACACGGUAAACACGAUCAUCACGCUGCCAUGUGGUCCGCAGCUAUGCUAGCAGCUCUUGGAUUAUCCGGUCUGGCAGCCCUGGCUGGAAAAGCAUUCCUAACCGGAGCUCUGGCUCUGAUAUUAUCAAUCGCUUGUUUACUCAAAAGCUGUCACAGAGGUCAUAAAGCCUCCCAUUAUGAAAUAAUCACUAAACCUGCUCAUUUGCACUCUGACGUUGAACAUAUCGGUUUAACCGCCGGAUUAAGCUCGCCUUCUUAUACAAGUUAUGCCAGACAGCUAAUUCAGGAUCGGAUUAUUCCUGCCAUAUUGGACACAGAAACGUCCGACGAGAGGGAAAUGGAAACUAAGGUUAUUCCGGUACAUGCCUAUCAAUUGUCAGCUAAUAUUCCUCAACAUCAAUUAGUUGGUCAUCGGUGAUGAUCAUAUUGUGCCUUAGUUAUCUAUCUUUCGUUUCGUUUUAUUAUUUAUUUUCGUGUUGCAGGUUCCUUUUAUUUGUUUAUUUAUUUAAGUAAUUUAUUUUAUUUAUUUUGCGUAUAAUAAAUGUACGUUGUUUUCUUUUCUUUUCUUUUCGAUGCUUAAUUCGCUUGUUUAAUUGCAUUUUUUUUUUGUUUUUUUUUUAAA